CUCAGUAGUGCUAAGUUGCCUGAUCUCUCUGGCGCAUGAGCACGUAUGUCUGUGUGUGUGUGUGUGUGUGUGGCAGGGAUGUUUGUCCAUGGGGCUUUUCCCUGGGAUGAACGUUGUUGACGAAGGCUGGAAUCUGGAGAGCUGGGGCUGGACAGAUCUCUCCAGCUACUGGACAGCUGGCCUGGACUUUGACAAGGAGCAGUGCGUUGCCACAGCGCUCACAUCCACAUCCGAGACUUCCACAAUGUCCCGGCGUAGCCUCCGGAUACACUCUACCACAGGUCACUACGGCGAUGACAGCCUGCUGGACUCAGCCCCCAGCCUGGGCUUCAACGCCUCCUACAGCGCUGGAGGGGCCAGUCGCAGAGACGCCAUCCAGGCAAUUAAGAGCAGGCGUACCCAGUCUCUGCUCCAGACCCCCAGGAAGAGUGUCCAGGGCCCGGCCCACAACAGCAGCCUCCAUAGCUGUGCUGCCAGCGAUGCUUCCCUGCUCUCCUCGAUGCUGGACGAGUCCUGCAUCCAGGAGAGGACACUGGUCGACAACUUCUGGGGAUUGGAUGAGGAGGCUGAACUCCAAGCUGGGUUUAAUCAUUUGUCCUCCUUUUACAUGUUUUAUACCGGCGCUAAGACGUGCACUUAUGACACGAAACUGCUGUUCAAUGCUACCAUAUCUAAUUCUUAUCCAGGACUCCUAGCAUCCGUGUGGAUCCUGAGUGUGUACAUGUGGAACAGGGCAGCAGCCUGCAUGGUUUCUUUCCUCUCUCUGCUCCCUCUCCUCCACCAGCUGACCAAAGAGGGCACAGGUGUGCUGUACGCUGUCUGCUCCAGAUGUCUAAAGUACAGCAGAAGAGGUGCAGCCUCCACAGCGUCAGUGUCGACUGUAGUCUUGCAGUCUGCAGUGGCGUUGGCCUCUGCUGCCUUGCAGGCUGUUGUGCUCAGGUGGAGCCAUGGGGCCCAGACAGGGCAUGGAACAGUAGUAGACAAAGACGCUCACAGCAGUUCCUGUGGAAGUAUGAACGUGAAGGAGCUGGAGGCUGAAGGGGGAGACCUGAAUCUGAACGGACCUCUGUGUGAUGACUGCAAAGAGAAACACCGCAUGGAUUCACAUGCAGACUGUGCAUCUUCAUCUAUUUGGUUGUCCAGGUCACUCUGCCUGUGGGGGCCAUUGUGGAGCAUCAUUGCUUACACAGGGUCCUGCCUGCUGUGGAUUGGUCAAAAAGUGGGCAUUGCCAGCGGGGCUGUAACGCAAAGGCUGAUGUUGGCUGCCCUGUCCCCAGGGAAAGCAGCGACGGUUGUAUUCCGGUGGCUAGGGACCGCAUGGUAUCAUCUCAUCGCGCUCACGUCCCUUCUCAAUGUGUUUGUCUUGACACGGUGUCUUCCCAAGCUGCUUAAACUGCUUCUGCUGCCGUGCCUACUACUUCUGGCUGCGUGGUGUUGGGGACCCUCAAACCUGCUGUCUGGCCUGCCAGCCUUCAGCAUGACAGAGUGGGUGACAGCCAGCCUCUCCGUCCCCAGAGACGGACACACACCCGGGGCUGCCCUCUUCACAGCCCUCCCAUCAGGGGCACACCAGGAAGAGGGCUCCGUGUCGUCCCUCCACUCUGAGCGCCUAGCCCGGCUGGAGGAGAGCCUAUCCAAGGUGUGGGAGCAUGUGGAGGGGGGAGGCCAGAGGCUGGAGCAGCAGCACAGGGAGGUGACCGGGCUCUACCAGGCCCUCCAGGAGCAGCUCCCCUCUCAGGCAGACGGGGGCAGCCUGGAGCCCUGGGUGUCCAGGCUGCUGGAGGACCGGCUGGUGAGACUCAGGGCAGAGAUGGUGGAGGAGGAGACUGCCCACAGGCAACAGUCUCAGCAGCAGCAAUUUGAGCAACAGGAGGUUAGGAGCUCUCGUCUGGAUCAAAUGGAGCUCCUGCUGCAUGCCCUCAGUCUCAAAACAGAGGAGGUACAGAAGAGACAAGAGACGAUGACGCCUGCUCCAGUAUGUACACCAUCACAUCCACGUGUACCUGUUCCAGACAUCGUGGCUGUGGACCGCGAUUCCCAUGAUGCUUUGCUGGCAGAAGUGCAAAGGCUGGAGCUUGUGCUGGUCAGCAUCAGAGAGGACCUGCAGGGGGUGAUGGGAUGCCAGGGCAGAUGUGGCCAGCUGGACUCCCUCCAUGACACAGUUUCAGCGCAGGUGUCAGACCAAGUGCGUCAAGAGCUCCGGGGCCUGUUCUACGGCAGUCAGAAGGACCCUCCUGAAGACUCCCACUCUUCCGAGCCCGGUUCCGGGGAGACGGAGCUGCCCGACUCCCUGCUGCUGUGGCUGUCUGAACGCUACGUGAGCGGGGCUGACCUGCAGGCCUCGCUGGCCUCCCUGGAGCUGCGCAUCCUGCAGAACGUCAGUGUGCAGCUGCUGCAGGACCACGGGAGCCAGCAGGGGCCCUGCACACAGAGCCUCACCCAGACCGUGCUGCAGACCGUGGGAGCUGCGGGGGCCACCGAGGUGACGGAGGAGGAAGUGCAGCUGAUUGUGAGAAAUGCCCUGAAGUUAUACUCUGAGGAUCGGACGGGCCUGGUGGACUAUGCCCUUGAGUCUGGAGGUGGCAGCAUCAUGAGCACUCGCUGUUCAGAGACCUACGAGACCAAGACCGCUCUGAUGAGUCUGUUUGGCCUGCCGCUCUGGUACUUCUCCCAGUCUCCUCGAGUCGUCAUUCAGCCUGACAUCAAUCCAGGGAACUGCUGGUCAUUCAGAGGCUCCAGUGGUUACCUGGUGAUCCGCCUCUCCAUGAAGAUCCGCCCCUCUGCCUUCUCAAUGGAGCACAUCCCCAAAGCCCUGUCCCCAACAGGACGAAUCAGCAGCGCCCCACGCCAGUUCACCGUCUACGGCCUGGAUGAUGAGAGCCAGGAGGAGGGGAAGUUACUGGGCAACUACACCUAUGUAGAGGAUGGAGAUGCACUGCAGACUUACCCUGUCUCUGAAGAGAAUGUCGAUGCCUACCAAAUCGUUGAGAUCCGGGUGCUGUCCAACUGGGGGCAUCAGGAGUACACCUGCCUGUACCGUGUCAGAGUACACGGAGAGCCCGUUUAAAACGGAGCAGGGCAUAGACUGGUAUUGUUAAAUCUUUUGGUGUUCCAAUUCGAAUGACUGUCAUGGGUGCCUAGUAUCUGCCUUCGUGUUCAUUAUGCAAACAAGUAAUGUGUUGAAAGGGGUUGGGUGAACACACAAACACAAUGACACCAUUGGUUCUCUAGCUCUGUAGAUAAGAUGCACUGUAUUUUUAACUGUAUUUGUUAAAUGUUUCAACCCAACUUCCCUCUGUCUUCAUUCAAUUAGAGUUUUGUAGAAUACCAAAAAUAGAUGGAUGUUGUUGGGCCCUUACAGCUCAAUUUGAAGGUAUUCUUUACCAUACUAUCCAUUUGGACACAAAAACCACUGGAGGAAUGUAACUUGAACACUGUCAAUAGUUUGUCUUAUAAAAGUCUACAAAUAUCAGUGUUGCUUUGAAUUGUACAUUAUGCUGAACUUGUCAAAUGUAAUUUUAAUUAAAUAAUUUGUUUUUAAAGGAAUGAAUUGCACAAAAGUAAUAAGAAAAUGUUGCACUGAUUGUAGGCCAUACUGUAAUAUUGUUUAUCACAACCCUAUAUAGAUAAACUGCAAGUGCCCAGUUAAAAAUAUUUUAUUUAUUUCUGUAUUUUUCAGUUAUUGAAAUAAGAAUCUGUAUUUUUGUACAUUAUUUUCAGACAGUUUAAAUGUCUUGUAAAGAUACGGGUUUUUAUAUUUUAUUUUGUACAUGGUUGCAUUUGAAAAUGUUAUAAUAAAGCUCUUACUUUUAUGA